AUGGCUCCCUCCACAAUACCAGAGGGCUACGUCCCCGAAGGCCGCCUAGGGAACGACGACUCCCUCCUCGUCACCGACCCCCGAGUCAAUCAAAAGCUAGCCGUAGCCAUGAAAGCCAUCGGUCUCGACAAAGCCCAGCCGGAGUCGCCCCUCACGCUCAAAUCCCCCAUGGAGGAGAUCAAAGAAGCUAUAGGCCAGAGCGAAGGCCCGAUGCAGGUGAUGUACGAUGCAGCUGAUAUGAGUCUUCCCGGUGAUGACAAGUUGCCGGAAGUGGAGCACUCCAGGACGACGAUCAAGGCGGAGGAUGGGAAGGAUGUGACGUUGCAUAUUUUUCGGGUGAAGGGGACGGAGGGCGAGAAGAGGCCGUGCGUGCUUUACUCGCAUGGCGGUGGGAUGACCAUCAUCAAUACCUUCAACCCCGUCCACGCCCAGUGGUGCACCUCCCUGGCUCAAGCCGGCGUCGUAGCCAUCAUGGUUGAUUUCCGCAAUGCCUAUACCAAGGACAAACACAACCCGUUCCCUAUCGGACUGAACGACUGCGCGACCGCUGCCCGCUACAUCUCGGAGCAUAAAUCCGAGUUUGGAAUUUCUAAACUCAUCUUGCAAGGUGAGAGUGGCGGUGGGAAUCUCGCUAUCGCUACGGCGUUGAAGGCGAAGAAAGAGGGGUGGGUGAAGGGGAUCGAUGGGGUAUUUGGAUGUAUUCCUUAUAUCUCCAAUGCUUGGGGUUGGCCGAAGGAGAGACUCGUCAAGGAACUACCGAGCGCGGUGGCGAGUAACGGCUACUUCCUCGGUCUGAAAUGGAUGGAGCUGAUGGGACAUUACUACACUCCGAACGAGAAGGACGCUGUCAAUCCUCUCGCUUGGCCUUACCAUGCUACGGAGGAGGAUGUGAAGGGUUUGCCACCGCAUUUUAUUGUGGUGGAUGAAUUAGAUCCGUUGAGGGAUGAGGGCAUGGCAUAUUAUCGUAAGCUGACGAAUGCUGGGGUGGUGGUGCAUGCGCAGAUGAAUUUGGGGUUGGCGCAUGGGACGUGGUUGAUGAUGAGGAAGGUGUUGCCUGAGGCGCAUCAGGCGAUGGUUGAUGCGGUUGUUGCUUUCGCUAAGAGGGUGUGA